AUGAAGGCCCGAGAAGUACAACCGCCUUCACCCCCACAGGCUCAAAGGAAGGGCGGUAGCGAUGAUUCAGAGAAUGUGUGGGAGCCUCUCAGAACUCUGCUCUCGGUCCAUACCGAAGAGGUGUCCAAUGGGCGCGAAUCCAUUUUGAUCAGUCGUUUGGCUCAAGCACACCUUCGACACCGCCAGCAAUUCUCAUACUGGAGGAGGCACAAAGAAAAGCUUGCGCAGCACUCGAUCAAGAGCUCUCAUCAAGCACUUGCGAGUCGUGAACGGGGAUUCAUGGCCAGAAAUACUCCUGCUAGAAAUAUCUCAACGCCUGAGAAUCUCCUGCCACAAGCGCCAUCGGUAACUACGGCAACGCUUCUCCAAAUUCCUCCGCAGUAA